GCCUCUGUGCUUCAUCGGAGCUCGAGCCUCCGUCACGAGCGUUUCCUUCCUCUCUGAUUCUCCUGAAUUUUUUAAAUAAACUUUCUGUAUUUUCUCUAAAAAAAUUAAAUUUGUACUCUUUCCCUUCGCUUCUCUUACCCUUUUCUUUCUCUGAUCGUGAAGUGGGAGUAGUACUGCAAAACCAAGCAAACCCACCCAAUCCCCAAUGCCCAGAUUCUUUGUUUUCUGAAAACCUUUCCCUCACCCUUUCACAGACACCCACACACCCCGGAAUUUUCAUUCGCCAUGAAGAGAGAGCACCACCAUCUCAUUCCCAACCCGGAUCCUUCCACCUCUGGGAAAGCCAAGAUGCUGGAACAUGAUGCUCAGCAAGAUGGUGGGAUGGAUGAGCUUCUCGCCGUUCUUGGGUACAAGGUUAGGACCAAUGAUAUGGUGGAAGUCGCGCAGAAGCUGGAACAGCUUGAGGAAGUUAUGUGUAAUCAGGUCGAUGGAAUUUCUCAUCUUGCUUCCGACACCGUUCAUUAUAAUCCCUCGGAUCUGUCCACUUGGCUUGAGAGUAUGUUGUCCGAGUUUAGUACUCCGACCAGUUUUGAUCCGAUUGUGGCGCCGCCGCCGCCGCCGCCGGUAUUGGGGAUGGAUGAUUCCUUUCUUUCUCCGCCAGAAUCUUCCACGAUUACCUCUGUUGGGUUCGACGGCAAUCGGAAACAGGGGCAGAAUGUUUUUGAUGAAGCUUCGUAUUCGGAUUGUGAUCUGAAAGCAAUUCCUGGUAAGGCUGUCUAUUGGCAAACCCAGACCCUUGAAUCUUCGUCUUCCUCUAAUCAUCAUAACGAGAAUAGCAGUAACAAGCGCUUGAAACCCAGUUCUGGAUCCAGCUCAGAAACUUACCCCGCCGCCUCCAUGGCCCCCUUUGGUAUUUCCCCUGACCCAACUCGUCCUGUAGUCCUCGUUGACUCACAAGAAAAUGGGAUCCGACUCGUCCAUGCUCUGCUGGCCUGUGCGGAGGCUGUCCAAGAAAACAACCUCACCCUAGCGGAAGCUCUGGUCAAGCAAAUCGGUUGCCUUGCGAUUUCUCAAGCCGGAGCUAUGCGCAAGGUCGCCACAUACUUCGCCGAAGCCUUGGCUCGGAGAAUUUACAGAUUGCGCCCAGAAAACCCACUUGACCAGCUUUCAGAUAUUCUUCAGAUGCACUUCUACGAGACUUGCCCAUAUCUCAAAUUCGCCCAUUUCACCGCAAAUCAAGCGAUUCUUGAAGCUUUUGAGGGGAAGAAACGAGUGCAUGUAAUUGAUUUCUCGAUGAAUCAGGGAAUGCAGUGGCCGGCGUUAAUGCAAGCUCUGGCUUUAAGGCCCGGUGGUCCACCGGCUUUUCGGUUGACAGGGAUCGGCCCUCCGGCCCCAGACAACUCGGAUCACUUGCAGGAAGUGGGGUGGAAGCUGGCUCAGUUGGCGGAUACGAUUCAUGUCGAGUUUGAGUACAGGGGUUUUGUGGCCAACAGUUUAGCCGAUUUGGACGCGUCAAUGCUUAAGCUAAGACCGAGUGAGGUUGAAUCGGUGGCCGUAAACUCAGUUUUCGAAUUGCACAAACUGUUAGCUCGUCCCGGCGCCAUUGAUAAGGUUUUAUCGGUGGUGAAGCAAAUGAAGCCGGAGAUUGUCACCGUCGUCGAGCAAGAAGCAAACCACAACGGUCCAGUCUUCGUGGACCGGUUCACCGAGUCAUUACACUAUUAUUCGACUCUUUUUGACUCGUUGGAAGGAUCUGUGAGUAGCCAGGACAAGCUAAUGUCGGAGGUUUAUUUAGGGAAACAGAUUUGCAAUGUGGUCGCAUGCGAAGGCUUUGACCGAGUCGAGCGCCACGAGACGUUGACUCAGUGGCGCACUCGAUUGGGUUCAGCCGGAUUUGUGCCGGUUCAUCUUGGGUCAAACGCGUACAAGCAAGCCAGCAUGCUGUUGGCUCUGUUCGCCGGCGGCGAUGGAUACAGGGUGGAGGAGAACAACGGGUGCUUGAUGCUGGGUUGGCACACUAGGCCACUCAUUGCUACCUCGGCUUGGAAACUCGCCAACAAAGCAGUGAUGACCCACUGAGUUAACUCACCGAGGAAUAGCCAACUCAUAUUGGACCCUACCCCGUCAUGCUCUGUUUGGGUGGCUGUCAAUUGGCAUUGUGAGCUGGGUUCCUUGUUGAAAGUGAAAAUUGAGAUUGAGACCCACCACUUCUCUGUAUCUCCUUUCUUCCCCUAUUUUAAUCUUUAGUUUCAAUUUAGUCCUAUUUUCUCUUAAUAUUUUCACCUAGUGAAUUUUUUUUCUUUCUUUUCUUUUUGAUUUGGGGAUCUUUUGUACUUUCAGGGUGAAUCGAAAAUCGCUCAGUGUAUUUAUAUAUGACUUUUGGUACUAAUAAUAAAAAAUGUUGAACUUU